GUCCAGUUUCUGAAAGCGCGCGUCAGGCAUUCCAUUCCAGUAUUUACUGAUUGCCUCAAUCGUCAGACCAUCAGCGACAGAGAGCUCGUGUAGAUAACCCGAGUGGCGGUAUUCUGCGGAAGUACAGUACGUACGUCCGGCGAAAAUGGCCGACAACUUGAAGCCCGUGGCCCUCUUCCUGCUGAUGCUCAACUUGUGCAUGUACCUCAUCCUCGCCAUCAUCGGCGGGUGGGCCGUCAACUUGGCCAUCGACCGCGGCUUCAUCAUAGGCCCCGAGCUGCGUCUCCCGGCGCAUUUCCACCCGAUAUUCUUCCCCAUCGGGAACUGGGCCACCGGCUUCUUCGUGGUGUUCGCGCUGCUCGCCGGCGUUGUCGGCGCGGCCUCCUGCAUCGUCGGCUUCACCCACGUCCGCUUCUGGAACUACAGCAGCCUGCAGCCCGCGGCGUCGCUCGGUCUGCUCGCCUGGGCGCUCACCGUCCUAGCCAUGGGGCUGGCUUUCCAGGAGAUCAGUUUCGACCGAAGAAACGCGAAGCUGGGGACCAUGGAGGCGUUCACGAUCGCCCUCUCACUGACGCAGCUCGUCUACAUCCUCGCGAUCAAGGCGGGUGGCCACGGGCCCGUCCAGGUCGAACGGCACAACGCCUUGGGCCGCUGAUCGGAUCGGAGGAUACGUACGCCUGAGAAGGAGCAGAGCCGCCGGAGAAAGUUUGCUCGUUGUCGUUGUGCUUUUCGUUUGACGUGAUGAUUCUUUGAGUGGGAUUGGUGAAAUGGGGGUUGGCGUUGUAGUAAUAAACUUGUGUGUUCCUCUGGCCUUUGGAUUUAUUGAUUGAUGAAUUCAAGCAUCUGGGAAAUCUGAUUUGUUAGGACGUGCAACAAUCGUCAUCACAGUACAUACGUGUUUUUUUUUA